GCGAUGUCUCGCACCGACUCCUCACGUUGAUGACUCGCGAAACUGAGACACGCGAGCACCGCGGAUCCUCUCGGCUCUCUGAAAACACGAGCAUGUGAUAAGAUUUAGUGUGAAUACGAAGCGUUACAGUAGUGUUUCCUUUUGUGAUAACUAAGUAGGAGCAACAGCAAAAUGUACAAGACAGUGCGGCACGGUGAGAACAGUCUCCAGUACACUAUCCUUCCACAGGCGGAGGAAGUGCUGAAUAACAGCGGCCUCAAGGGCAAAGGACGAGAUUACAGCCCCUCAAUUCAUGUGCGACGAGCUCGAAGGAAAUCAGAUUUGAAAUAUGCCUUAUGGAUACUGUCUAGUAUGGCUGCAACGCUCGUUCUAACUCUUGUUCCACUUUAUAUUAUUGACGCAAGGAAUCAACAAGGCCAGCAUGAAAUCAACACUCCUGCACCAAUGGCAUCUGCUGCGCGCGAGAUGGUAAAGUCUAGAAAAAAAGAACUUAAGAUGACGCCAGAGAUUGUAUUAACGUUAGGUCAGAAAUUUGAGACGAGCACUAUUUCAACGCCACCUUCCACAACCACUUCCACUGUACCAACAACAGUGAAUAUCGAGAGAGCGACUACGCCUCCCUGGACAAUGCCAGCCUUGCGAUCAUGGAAGAGCUCUACGUCAUCCACCGUUAUUCCGCCUAUUCCCACAGAGGAUAAUGUUAUUCCACUCAUCGGAACAGUCUCCAGUGAUAGUCAUGAACCUAAUCAUGACACAUCAGUAAAAUGGGAAAAAGACAUUAUAAUCCGAGCGACAGUUACUCCAGAACCGAUCACAUUGCGUAGCGUAUUAAAAUAUUAUUCUAAAACGCAAAUACCGUCAGAGAAAUCAGUUUUUGCUACAAAAGGGUUUGAUGACGUCCUGAUUACAACAAAAGCGACGACAGCUAGAACGCCUGUAACGACUGAGUUUGCAACUACUAGUGAAAAUUCUAAAUUAAGAGAUUUGAAAGACACCAUGCUGUCGGUGGAUGAUGACGAUGAAUUUAAAGAAUCGCUGGAAGUAGAUGAAGUUUUUUCUCUGCCUCCACUGAAGCCUGAUUACGCAGCUGCCGGCAUUGAUUCUGAUGAAGUGACGGUGGCAAAGGCCGGCGAUGCUGGCUGGUAUGGAGCGCGUUGGCCGUUCGUGGACACGUCAUCUUACUUCCAAUGGACGGGUUACUCUCCCGGUGACAACUUGCUACUGCCGUUGUUAGUGGCAGCCCUGUCCUCCAUCGCACUGGUGCUGCUACUGGCACUCGCUGUACGUCGACGCAAGCGCUCACAAAUCGCCUCUUCGAAACUUGGUUUGACUGCGGAUCUUCAAGCUGACGAUAACACCAACCUGUUGACGGCUGAAAACGCCGAGGAUGGCGACGGUGAGGGCGAGGAGUGAGCACCUCCCUCGCACACGCUUCACGCUUGUUCAGCAGCCGGCGGCCGCAGGAUGCCUCGUGUACAACUCUGGUACAUAUCGUACAUAGUAUUACAAUACACAUACUUCUAUGCCAAUAAAUAUUUACUUUCUGUUUAUAGUAAACUAUAUUUCUAUGAAUAAUUAUUAGUAAACGCUAUUUACGCUUCAUACGUACGACGAGAGCAUCUCUGCUAACUCCUUACAAACACAAGGCAGCCAGGUCAAGUUGUGGCACCUGUCUAUUCUCGAAUCUGUUGUAAGCAGCGAAACUGCCUGACAGCCAUGACUAAUGACCUAUUGUGUUUAUAUUUAACUAUUUUUAACUAAAUUAUAAUGAAUAUAAAUUGUAUAACUUAAAUGUUUCACCUAAGAAUACUCAAUUUGCUUGUGUGUAUGACUAAUAAACACUGAAUGAAUACGAAGUGAUUAUAUCGGCAACGCUGUACUAACGAGCACGCGUCCUUGUCACCUCAAUUGUACAUCAGGCAUUCCACGCACUUUGUAAUAAUUUAGCUGCAAUACUGUAGUUUCUCGAAGUCGCAUUAGAAGACCUGCCAGUGACCGUCUUCUUACACACCGAUCAUAUUUCAAACUUUCAGUGCCUAUUGUUUGUAUAUAAUGUACGAUUCGGUUGGUCUCGUGCCAGCGAAGGCCGGAUGGUGGUUCCAUGUUCAGAGAUACGAUAUAAUAUGUAAGUAUUUUUUGUAAUCGCACUAGAUAAUCGAUUGUAAAUUAGGGUCGUAGGUACGUGUCAAAUGCCAAAAUUGCUAUAAAUAUUUUUGUUACAAAUAAAUUACUAUGUAGAAUUUCGGUCGUAGGGGAAUGGCAUGACCCAGUUAUUUUUAUAAUGGAUUUAGCUAAACAUUAUUGAUAGUAAUGAUAGUAAAUAUAAUGUAACACGUUUUCAUUCCAUGUCAGUACGUAUUGAAGUAGCGAAGGUCUGUUCAAAUGGUCGUGAUAUUAACAGCUAGUGGAAAGAACGUGAUCCAAUAACUGAUCUGGCCAUUUCCCUGCCACCCAUAAUAACGUCACUCGGCAUCGUAAUAAAACAUGACAAUUAGAUAUUGAUAGUAUACUUAUGAGCUUGCUAGAACCUAACUAUGAAGUGGUGGCAUUCGGAGCUUCUGUUCAUUCAUAUUAAUAAAUGUAGAUAGGGUGUAACGGUCGAGUAAGGCCGGCACUCCAUGUAAUUCACGCUAUCAGAAUGUUUAUCAAGCAGUGCUGUGUCUGUGCAGCGCGCAGUACUCGCAUCACAUGCAGUUCUAUAUUGUUGGGCUCGCUCAACACGCGAUACAGCGGCCUCGCCCGCGCCAUGUAUAUCAUAUCUCUGAAAGUUUCGAUUGUACGACUCGUCAGUAUUAACUAAACCUGUGGUAUUAUAAAUCUACAUAAUAAGCAUACUCGUUUAUUUUUUGUGUAGCCCGUUAGGAUAAGAUGAAAUAAUAUCAAUCUCGGUGUAAUGUUAUUAUAUCUGUGUUUUAACGUCGCUCUUUUAUUACUAUACAUUUCAAUUAUCUAACUUUCAUCUCAAUUAAGUAUUUAUAUAAUUUUAAAUACAUAGUUAUAAGACUGAUAUAUGAUUGAGUUUUUAGAUACUAGUAAGUUUUAUUUGAAUGGCGUGUAACCUGUUAAAACGUUGUUUUGUAACGGCACUAUUCGUUUCCAAUUUAUGUGUAACUUUGUGUGCUAAGGAUAUAUGCAUUUACACGUAUUAUGUAAUUCAAUGUUAGGUAUGUAAUAUGACUGUACAAUCGUAUGUGGGAGGGGAGGGGAGUGUAGUUAGAAAUUAAAAUGUGAUACCUCUGUAGUAUCUUUGAAUAUUGUCGUUUCCCCUGUAGAAGGAAUUGUUAGUAUCUUGCGUACGAAGCGAUUUGUAUUUAUGAAAUCGUAUCGGGCGCAGGAAGCCGUGUUUAGGAACGUUUUGGAUAUAAUAAAUGCCCUCUAUAUUGACACUUGGAACAUUAAACUUCAUGCUAACAUUUUGUAUCAUGCAAUAUAACAUCGCACACUGGUGUACCAAUAGUAUUUAUGUUACAAUUAGCUUUUGUGUUAGACUUAGUUCUGUGAAUGCCUCGUGCAGUGUGAUUAUUUUGUAUUUGCUGUGAACACACCAUGUACAUACGUAAUGAAAUAAAUUAUGUUUUCCCACCCGAA